AUCUCCCCAAAGACCUAAUUCAAGCCUUCCCAACUCUCUCCUUUUGAAAUCUCUUUCUGUUCUUGGUGAUUCUCUUUACAAAAUCAAUUUUCUUUUCCUUUUGAAUACCACAGGCUGUUGUAGUUUUAGGGUUUAUUCUUAUUUAAAAAAAAAAGAAAAGAAAAAGAAAAAACUAUUAAUAAAAAAGAAUGGGAAGAGGUAGGGUUCAAUUGAAAAGGAUUGAGAACAAAAUAAACAGGCAAGUAACUUUCUCAAAAAGGAAAGCUGGAUUACUGAAGAAGGCUCAUGAAAUCUCUGUUCUUUGUGAUGCUGAAGUUGCUUUGAUUGUUUUCUCCCACAAAGGAAAACUCUUUGAAUACUCCUCUGAUUCCAGCAUGGAGAAAAUACUUGAACGGUAUGAGAGAUAUUCUUUUGUGGGAAGGCAACAAAAUGCAGCUUCUGAAUCUGAAUUUUCUUAUGAAAAUUGGACUCUUGAAUACUACAGACUCAAGUCCAAAGUCGAACUUCUACAACGAAACAACAGUCAUUAUAUGGGAGAAGAUUUGGAUUCGUUGAGUGUCAAAGAACUGCAAAACUUGGAACAACAAAUUGACACUGCACUUAAACAUGUUCGAACCAGAAAAAACCAACUUAUGUUUGAGUCCAUCACUGACCUCCAAAAAAAGGUAAGAAAUAUAGAGGAGAACAAUGUCCAACUGGCUAAGCAGAUAAAGGAGAAAGAGAAGAGUGUAGCAUUGGCACAACAAGCAGAAUGGGAGCACCAGCAACAGCAGGGUUACAAUGCUUUGUCUUUCUUAUUCCCACCACCUCCUCAUCCCUCUCUAAACAUUGGGCUUGCAAGUUUUGAUGGUCACCAAUGAAACUUGUUACACGUCGGCAACGAUCGGAUAAGUACAGGAAAUGUGUGUGGCAGAAGAAGAAGAAGAAGAAGAGGAGGUGGGAGGAUGUAGUUACUUAAUAAUGGGAAAAUGGAACUAGUUAAUACCCUAUAAGUGUAAUGCUUUGACAACUUAAUUAUAUAUGAAGGGGGGUUUCUGGGCUUUUGUUAAAUUGACAAAGAAAACAUUUGAACUUUGCUGUGUUUGGAGGAUUUCUACUAAAAACUUGAGUGUAAUCAGAUUGCUAAUAUACUACUGAAAUGGAGUUGUUUUGUUCCCUAUAGCUAA